CAGAGCUGCAGGCUUUGCAGCCUACCAGCUGCAGGCCCUGCUUACCCUCCCUCUCCUUUAGGGCUGGGUUUUUCCAGCCGGAACCUCGCUCCCUCUACUGCAAUCUCUGGAAACUGGUGUCUGACGCGCGCGGCUGCUCUCGCCUAUUAUUUAUUUAUUUCUUCUUUUCUUCCUGCUGAGACCCUCCUGUCAGAGGGAGAACUGCAGUCCGGAGACAGAGAAAGGCAGAAGCUAUAGGGGGAGCUGGGAGCAAAAAGGAGGUGGAGAGAGACUCCCAUACAUCCUGUCUGCUUUCCACAGAGGACCAUGAGCACUGGGCAAGAGGCCAGGAGAGAUGAGGGAGACUCCAGGAAAGACCAGGAAGCCUCGCUUCGGGACCGAGCCCACCUGAGCCAGCAGCGCCGACUCAAACAGGCCACCCAGUUCUUGCACAAGGACUCGGCUGACCUGCUGCCCCUGGACAGCCUCAAGAGGCUCGGCACCUCUAAGGACCUGGCCCUGAUCCGUGGCCAUGACAGCAGCAGGACCAGUUCGACACAGGUUCCAGCUCUGCUUGUCAACUGCAAGUGCCAGGACCAGAUGCUUCGAGUGGCUGUGGACACAGGGACCCAGCACAACCAGAUAUCUGCUGGAUGCCUCAGGCGCUUGGGGUUAGGAAAGAGGGUCCCAAAAGCCCCCGGUAGGGAUGUGGCACCUGAGCCACCAAGUCAGGUAGAACAGCUGGAGUUAGAGCUGGGGCAGGAGACUGUGGAAUGCUCGGCCCAGGUGGUGGAUGUGGACAGCCCUGAAUUUUGCCUGGGACUGCAGACCCUGCUCUCCCUCAAGUGCUGCAUUGACCUGGACCGUGGAGUGCUUCGGCUGAAAGCCCCCUUCUCGGAGCUGCCCUUCCUGCCUCUGUACCAAGAGCCUGGCCAGUGACCACUGUCUCAGCCAGUCCCUAGGGUGACACCGUGCCUUAGGGAAGAAUGUGUGGAGUGGGUAUUACCUGAGCAGGGCAUCUGGAGACCACUGCAUUAAUUUCUUUUCUCACCACCCU